UUUGAAGUUGAUAAGAAUUAAUUAUCUUUGUCUUCUGCGAUAACUGAACUUGUCGUCUUCUCUAACCAAUUCACGGUAUCUCAAUCUUUUUGAAUCUUUGGGCUCUUUGUCUUCAAAGCAUUCGAAGCGAGAGACUCUCCUUUCGCUAGACUCUGACCUCUCAUAUGUUCUACCGAGGGUGCUGCUGGUUGCGAAGCUGCGAGGAAUUCUUUCCAUUUAUCAAAACAAAUGCUUGGCUACAUGACUCCAAGAGGAGAAAGAAAAUAAUGCAUAUCUCCAGAAAACUCUAAAUUUUCUUCAAGCUGAUUUUUCAUCAGCUGUUAUGAGCAAUAUGCACAUCUUACAAGAUUUCACCACACUCAAUUCCGCAUUGAAGGAAAUACUCUCCACUAAUGAAGUAGUGCAAGAAGUAAAGAUCAAUAUAGAUAAUGUGCUAGGAAUUCAUGAUGCAAAAUUUGAAGAAUCAGGAUCAGAACAUUACAAUUUCAAAGCCUUAGAAUUACUCCACCAACUUCUACACAGGGCAUACUCACAGAAGACUGGGGUUCCCCAGUCUUCUGUGAGCCCACCUGUGAAGUUAGAAGAAAUUAGCCUGCUUAAGAAAAAGCACUCCAUAGAGAUUUAUAGCUACAAAAUUCUGUUAUCAACCUUGAACAAGCAGCUUAAGGAAUUUCAAGAAAGAUUUCGUAAGAAAACAAAGCAAAUCUCUCUAUUGAAGUCCAAAAUCCAUGCGAGGUUCAAUCCUUAUUACCUGUUUGAGAAGAAAAUAGCUUUUAUGAAGAAUGAUCAAACUGUAAAAGUUCCGAUGCAUAUCUGUCAGUGCCAGUUAUGUGACAAAGUUAUUGAUGAAGAUACCGGAGAGUCAACCAUGGAUAUGACAGAAGAGAUAGGUGUCCACCAGCCCAAGACCAAUAUCCCUAAGUUUAUAGAUGAGCCUUGGAAAACAAUUUCUGAUAUCCAGUCAAACCUUAAAAAUGUAGAUGUCGAGAACAAAGCUUUGCAUGAAUACCUGACAACACUGAAGCUUGAAGAGAAGUUUUCAGAAGAAGCAAUCAUGGCAUCUGAUAUUGUCCAGAAGCUCCUAAAACAGGGCCUUAUACUCCUCAAACAUUCAGAAACCCUUCGUAAGAGCUGAGAGGACUUCAAGCUGGAGAUUUCCAAACUAAAAGCUGAACAUGCCUCUGAAAUUGCCGAAUACGAGGAUCAAAAUACUCAAAUCCAACAAAACUUUAAGAAUAAAUUGAGUGAAAUUUCUGAUGACUACCUCAAGCUUGUCAAUGAAAAGGAACACGUAGAGGUGCUUUACUCAGAAGCCCAGAACUCUGAGAAAUUAGCUAAGGAACUAGAAGACAGCAUUAAGGAAUACCAGAAGAUAGCUGAUGAUAAUAUCAGAGAGAAGGAAAUCAUGAAGAAAAAGUAUCAAGAUCUUAAGAAGCAAUUUGAAUCUCUGCUCAAAAAGAAAGCCAUGCAAGGUGAGAAGGAAAUCGAUACCAAUAUUGGCUCCUCAAAUCCUACUGAAGUUAUUAGCGCACUUAAGAUCCAGAUUGAGAGACUCGAGACUGCUGAAGAGGAACAAAAGGUUAGAGUUGAUGCUCUUGAAGAGGAAAUCGAGCAUCUUACUAAUGUUAAUAAUUCCCUCAGUACCCAGAAAAUAAAGAUUAUCCAGAAAUUAGAUAUUUAUGCACACAAUCAGGCAAAGUUUGUCAAAGCUAAUACUAAGAGUUCGAAAGUGCUCAAAGUCGCACAACUCGAGAAGGACAAUUACCUCAAAGUGGUAGCUGAUAAGGACCAGCAGAUAGAAAUGCUUACUACAGAAAUAAACAAUUUGAUCUUAAAAGCAGCUAAAUUUGAAGGCCAGGUGAACCAGCUCCAGGCUGCUUUGCACAGUAAAGAGGAGGUCCUCAACAUGCUUAAAGCAGAAAGUAGCACAAUAAUAAUCAAAAAUGAUGAAUACAAGCUCAAACUUGACACUCAUAAUGGGAUAAUAGAGGAACUUCACUCUCGUGUAAGUAGUCUUCAGAGUAAACUCUCCAAAAAGAAGAUCCAAGAGGACAGAUUUAUCAGCUUGAAGCAGAUAUCCUCCAUUGAAAAUGACAUCUCUGACUCCAAUGAGCUAGACCAGAAGAUGAAUGAGCUGAGCUAUCUACGAAAGAAGCUCAAGUGUGAACUAUGAUUUGAGAAUGAAAAGAAUAUAAUCCUGUCCCCUUGCUUUCAUGUCUUCUGUAGUACAUGAGUAUAUUCACAUUCUAAGGGAGUUAGAAGGAAGAACAAUAGAAUAAGCAGGAAUUGACCCAAGUGAGACACCAGGUAUACUGGCUUCCAACUUCUUUGGCUGUAAUUUUCAAUAUCUGACUAA